AUGAGAAGACUCUACCUGUCUGACUGACUGAAGAGAGGUGUGGUUGUUCCGAAAGCCAACCACGCAGCCCCGUCCGUCGACGGGCGAGAAAAGGGAAAUCCUGGCAACUGAAACACAGCCUUACAAGAAAACAAGUCAUGAUAAGAGGAUAAGCCGACGUAUCGCCUCUUCCCUUUCUCCCUGACCCAAGCUACCAAACGAUUCGACCUAAGCUCGUUGCCUCCCUUUCCACAACCUCCCCUCCCCGCGCAAGCGCACUGAGCAGAAAGAAAGAGAUGAGGUCUCCCGUCCCCGCCAUGCUCACCGCCCCAUCAGCAGCGGCGGCCGUCGCCAAGCCGCUCCCCGUGGCUCGCUCCAACACGACGGCGGCGCUCCACGCGACGGCCAGCAGCAGGCGGGACGUCAUGACGGGCGUGGGAGCCGCGCUGCUGCUGGCCCUGUCGCCGCAGCGCGCGCGUGCGGCGUCGGACGACGAGUACCUGACGGAGACGACGGAGGUGAUCGGGAAGGUGCGGUCGACGAUCAGCAUGGACAAGACGGACCCCAAGGUGGCGGACGCGGUGACGGAGCUCCGGGAGAUGUCCAACUCGUGGGUGGCCAAGUACCGGCGCGAGAAGGCGCUGCUGGGGCGGCAGUCGUUCCGGGACAUGUACUCGGCGCUCAACGCCGUGUCCGGCCACUACAUCAGCUUCGGCCCCACCGCGCCCAUCCCCAACAAGCGCCGCAUCCGCAUCCUCGAGGAGAUGGACGCCGUCGAGAAGUCGCUCAAGCGCGGCCGCUGAAGACUUCCAUCCACAUCCACAUCCACAUCCACAUCCACACUAGCAGCAAAAUGUCAAACAGGAUAGGGUGAGAACGUCGCGUUGCUUGUCCCGUGGGUCAUAAGCGCUCGGAUUUUGAGUCUCGAGUUUACAUCAAUUGUUUGUACCACUUGUCUGAAUCGGCUGAUGAUCUACAUGGUGAGAAUAUUGUUUGGAGCA